CAAACAUUGUAUUAUAUUUGUAAGAGAUAUACACACAUUUGUGGAGAGCAAUCAAUACUCUUUUCUACUUCAAUUUGGAAUUAUUUGUUUUUGUCCAAAGAUGUGUCUGGAUCCACUUGGACACUUCUAAAAUCUUUAAAACCAAACCACUACCACACACAGACAGUCCUUAGACAGUUUCUCUCUAUCUUGUACACUCCAUGACAAUUACUUAACUAACCCUCCACUCCUGUUCUGCCUUGUUCUUUGCUCUUGGUGUUAAAGUACGUUACGGCACAUCUUCUUCAUGAGAAGGACUUGAAACAGUGUGUUCCAUGGUGGAUUUCUUGUGUCAGAAGAAACUGCGAGCAAAGUGUUCAUAAUAUGUCAGCAAAGAAGAAAGAUCUUUUGUCCUCGGCCAUGAAGAGAACCAGUGAAUGGAUAUCUUCUCAGGAAGUCUCUAGUGAUGUCACAGUUCAUGUAGGAGAAGCUUCUUUUUCACUUCACAAGUUUCCACUCUUGUCAAAAUGUGGGCUUAUCAAAAAACUUAUGUCUGAAUCUAAAAACGAUUCAGAUGCUAGUGUUAUCAAGAUCCCAGAUAUCCCUGGAGGAUUUGAAGCAUUCGAGCUAACGGCUAAGUUCUGCUACGGUAUUAACUUUGACAUGAGCACAGAGAACAUUGCUAUGCUGCGAUGCGCAGCAGAGUAUCUAGACAUGACAGAGGAACACUCUGUGGAGAAUCUCGUCGUAAGAGCCGAAGCUUACUUGAACGAAGUAGCUCUCAAGAGCUUGUCUAGUGCCAUCACCGUCUUGCACAAGUCAGAGGACUUGUUGCCCAUUGCUGAAAGAGUGAAGCUUGUGAGCCGCUGCAUCGAUGCCAUUGCUUACAUGACUUGUCAGGAGAGCCAGUUUUGCAGUCCUACGAGUAAUAACAGCAACAAUGAGAUUGUAGUUCAGCAGAGCAAGCAGCCUGUGGUUGAUUGGUGGGCUGAGGACUUGACCGUUCUUAGGAUUGAUUCGUUUCAACGAGUUCUCAUAGCAAUGAUGGCUAGAGGGUUUAAGCAAUACGGACUUGGUCCAGUGCUUAUGCUCUAUGCUCAGAAGUCUCUCCGAGGGCUGGAGAUUUUCGCUAAAGGAAUAAAGAAGAUUGAACCAAAACAAGAACACGAGAAGAGAGUGAUUCUUGAAACAAUCGUAAGCCUUCUUCCUCGUGAGAAGAACGCAAUGUCAGUGAGUUUUCUCUCGAUGCUUCUACGUGCAGCAAUAUACCUAGAAACAACGGUUGCUUGUAGGCUUGACUUAGAGAAGAGAAUGGGGUUACAAUUACCACAAGCGGUUCUUGAUGAUCUCUUGAUUCCUUCUUAUUCCUUCACUGGAGAACACUCCUUGUUUGAUACAGACGCUGUCCAACGCAUUCUCAUGAACUAUCUUGAGUUUGGAGUCGAAGGAGUCAGGCUAAGCAACAAUGGUGUUGAUCUUGGUAGUGAUAUGGAACGUGUUGGUAAACUUAUGGAGAAUUAUUUAGCUGAGAUUGCUUCUGAUAGAAACGUGAGCUUGCAGAAGUUCAUCGGUUUAGCUGAACUUAUUCCUGAACAGUCUAGAGUUACUGAAGAUGGGAUGUAUCGAGCCGUCGACAUCUACUUGAAGGCUCAUCCGAAUAUGAAUGACGUAGAGAAGAAGAAAGUAUGCAGUUUAAUGGAUUGUCAGAAACUAUCACGUGAAGCAUGCGCUCAUGCAGCUCAGAACGAUCGUCUUCCAGUUCAGACCAUUGUUCAAGUCCUUUACUACGAGCAACAACGUCUACGAGGAGAAGUCACUAAUGAUUCAGAGGCUCUACCCCCACAACCACCACCACCUGCUGCAGCAGCAACUGUUCUUCCUCCUAAACUCAGCUCCUACAACGACGAACUAUCCAAGCUGAAACGGGAAAACCAGGACUUAAAACUCGAGAUUCUCAAAAUGAAGAUGAAACUUAAAGAGUUUGAGAAAGAGAAUGAGAAGAAAUCAUCAUCGACAGCCAUGAGCAGUAAUCACAGUUCUCCAAUCUCAACUGCUUCCAUGGAUAAGCCUCCACUGCCGAGAAAGUCAUUCAUGAACUCUGUUUCAAGAAAACUCGGAAAGCUAAACCCUUUUGGCAUUACACCAGGCAGAACCAAACCACCCAAAGAUCGUAGACACUCUAUUUCUUGAAAAACCGUAUAAUAUGUUUUUAAUUUUUGUUGGGACUUCUAUGUUCUGAUUGAAGGUUUUUUUUUCUUGUUUUCUACUUGUAAACAUUUGAUUUUUUUGUGUGUGUUUAAGAUGUUUGUUUGUACAUAAAGCUCUGGCUGUUAACGUCUUUUUUAAUGAAAACAAUUUCAUCUUA